UCCGCGCUCUACGACGCUGCUAAUAAACACGUCACCCCGAGCUCGGUCCGAGUCAGGCGAAGUGCGCAGCUCCAAAUUGUGUAACUAACAGCCUCGGCAUGCUCGCGGAGGCCCGAGGAGUUGUCGCGCGCACUCAGCAGUACCGGAAGGUUUCCGUGGGCGAGCUAUCUGUGUUUUCGGUGCUGGGACGCCUUUGCUGCUGUUUUUCGGAGAGGGGGGACGCGGAGUUCUGCGCGUGAGCCGCUGGAGUGACGGUGUCUUAGGCGAUGGAGGUGAUGGAGGAGGCAUCCGGCGCUCGCUUCUGCCCCACUAAAGCCCCGGGCAGCCUGAUGAAGUGGAGGAAGAGGGUCAAGUCCGAGUACAUGAGGCUCAGGCAGCUGAAGCGCUUCCGCAAGGCUGAGGAGGUGAAGGCUCUGUUCCUGUCAAACAGGCGUAAGAUUGAGGGAAGGACCGACCUGUUAAAUGAGGAGUGGUCUAAGCUCAGGAUCCAGUCCAUCCCUCUGUCCACACCGAGUGGCUCACUGGCCAGCAAGAAGCAGUGCAUGGUGGAGUUCGGCUUUCCAUCAUUCCCCAGCCAGGCAGUUGCCAUGAGACCCUUGACAACCGUUGCUGGGAUACCAUUCAUGUACUCCUGGUCCCCCUUGCAGCAGAACUUCAUGGUGGAGGAUGAAACAUUUUUGCACAACAUCCCUUAUAUGGGUGAUGAGGUACUGGAGCAGGACGAAGCUUUUCUUGAGGAGCUCAUAGACAACUAUGAUGGAGUCCAUGGGGAUAGGGACAGAGGCUUCAUAAACGACGAGAUCUUUAAGGAGCUAGUGGAGGCGCUCAGUCAGUAUUCGGAUCAGGAUGAAGAGGAGGAGAGCACGGAGGAGGAAGAGGAGGAGGAAGAGGAGAAAGAGCGAUGUCUGAGGAAGAGCACAGGAGAGAGUCUGGCAGAGAACAAGGCCGGAUCUCUGGCCUUUAAGAGGAAGCGCAGGAGAGUUGCUGAGGGCAGUGAGCUGUCUCUCAGUAAGAAAAUCCCUCAUGACAAGAUCUUCACUGCUAUUGCAUCCAUGUUCCCUUACAAAGGCACGACGGAGGAGCUCAAGGAGAAGUAUAAGGACCUGCUGGAGCCGGCGAGUACAGUAAAGCUUCCUCCUCUCUGCACACCCAACAUGGACGGCCCCUUCGCCAAGUCCGUGCAGCGAGAACAGAGUCUGCACUCCUUCCACACACUCUUCUGCCGCCGCUGCUUCAAAUACGACUGCUUCCUCCACCCAUUCCAUGCCUCCCCUAACGUCUAUAAGAGGAAGACUAAAGAGAUCCGGAAGGAGACGGAGCCCUGUGGAUUAGACUGCUUCCUGCUACAGAAAGGAGCAAAAGAGUUUGCAGAUCAGUACAUGUUGAGGUCACGGAGAUCUCGCCGGCGCCGUCGUCAGCCACGCCCUUCCAGCUCAACAGGCCCCGCCCCCUCGGGUUCAGCCGAGGACAGAAAAGAUGGAGAGAGUGACCAUGAGACCACAAGUUCCUCUGAGGGUAACUCUCGGUGUCCCACCCCCACUAAGCUGAGGCAGGGUGAGGAGCUGAUGGAGGAAGGCGAGGCUCCUCUGCAGUGGAGCGGCGCAGACGAGUCGCUCUUCAGAGUUCUGCACGGCACGUACUACAACAACUUCUGCUCCAUCGCACGCCUCCUAGGCACCAAGACCUGCAAACAGGUGUACGAGUUUGCUGUGAAAGAGGUUCUGAUUCAUCGAGUUCCUCUGGAAGAUGGAGGCAUCUCACCCCAAAAGAAGAAAAGAAAACACCGGUUAUGGGCCAAGAUCCAGUUAAAAAAAGAUAAUUCAUCCAAUCAGGUGUACAACUACCAGCCAUGUGACCACCCCGAGCAUCCGUGCGACAGCUCGUGUCCGUGUGUGAUGACCCAGAACUUCUGCGAGAAAUUCUGCCAGUGCGAUCAAGAGUGUCAGAACCGUUUCCCAGGCUGCCGCUGUAAGACGCAGUGUAACACUAAGCAGUGUCCGUGUUACCUGGCCGUGCGUGAAUGUGACCCUGACCUCUGCUUGACCUGUGGAGCUUCGGACCGCUGGGACAGCAAACAGGUUUCCUGCAAGAACUGCAGCAUCCAGAGAGGACUCAAAAAGCAUCUGCUCCUGGCUCCGUCAGAUGUAGCAGGAUGGGGAACUUUCAUCAAGGAGCCGGUUCAGAAAAACGAGUUCAUCUCAGAGUAUUGUGGAGAGCUUAUUUCCCAAGAUGAAGCAGACAGAAGAGGCAGAAUCUACGACAAGUACAUGUCCAGCUUCCUGUUCAACCUGAACAAUGACUUUGUGGUGGACGCGACACGAAAAGGGAACAAGAUUCGCUUCGCCAACCACUCAGUCAAUCCAAACUGCUACGCAAAAGUCGUCAUGGUGAAUGGGGACCACCGCAUCGGGAUCUUUGCAAAACGGGCCAUUCAGCAGGGAGAGGAGUUGUUUUUCGACUACAGGUAUUCCGUAAUGUUGAUUAGGGCUUCAGGAAAACACGAACCAACACGAUUUCACGGUCUGUUCCAUGUGUGGUUUUGUAUUCAUUUUGUAUUCAUUGUGCUUCCUGAAGUGUUCGGUUCUAAAUCUAAACACACGCCCGAUCCAGCGCAUCCAGCUAAGAGGAGAGAUUGUUGCAUCUGGUGCAGCAGAUUGGAUCUGGAGCUGGACAGGAUUGUUACUGAAAUUCACAUUGCAAAAAAAAAGUUUGCAUUGUUGUGUUGUUUCCUUCCAGUGAAACUAAACUACGCCGUUGCACGUGUGUGUGGUGACUUGGGGAAACCAUUCACACAGUAAAAGUUAGAUAUAUUCUAAUACAUGUUGUUAUGAAAACUGCAGGUUUUCCUGAAUUGUCUGUUUCGUUAUGGGACGUAGCUAACCAACAAAGUAUGUCGGAUACUUCGAAACCUCUGACACCAACAAAGGGAUGUCAAAAUAUGUUAUAGGCAGGAAAAACAAAUUUUGGCCAAAACCCAAUUUCAGAAUUCAGCUACAGAGAUGUCCAAUGGGUUUUCCCAGACCACAACACAUACAUUUGUGUGUUUGUGUAAACUAAAAUGUAAAAGAUUAUACAUAUAAUGAUAUAAUAUUAUAAUUUGAUAUUAAUAUUUUAUAUAUUUUUUUAUUUUUUUUUUUUUUUAGUUUAGUUUAUCAUUUAAAUUAUAUUAUAGUUUUGUGCAGUUCAGAAAAAUUUCUGCUGCUUGACAAGAGAGAAAUAGUGCUUUUUGAAGGAGUGUAGGAUAAAAAUAGGUGGCGUUUAAGGCUGCUGUUACAAGGACAUUUUGGUUCCUGUGAAAAACUCAUUGAUGAGAAACAUUGAUGUUUUGCUGGUUUGUUAUAGCCAUGUUGGUAGGCAGAGAUUUUUUUUGGUAAAACAUGCAUGGAAAUCAAGGGAAAAAAAAAAAAGCUCAAGGCCACCAUAGAUGGGAUCCAAGUUCAUUGCAGGCAAAAAACUAAUGACAGAAAAUUCCCCAGACAAAACCUCUCACAAAUGUUCGAGAAAAUUCCCAAACAAAACCUCGCAAACAUUAGAAAUAGGUUCUCAAACAAAACCUCGCUAAGGUUAGAGAAAAUUCAACAUUAAUUUUUAAUUUUCCAUUUUAGCUUGCUAUAUUCCUGUCAUCAAGCUAGCAUCAUAAUCCAUAACCUAUAAGGUAAUAAAAAAAGACGUCUUCUUGUUCCCACACUAACGGAGUAGCAGGCCAAGGUUCACUGUGAGCUUUGUGACGUUUUGAAAAGUCAGCUGUAAGCAGCAGCUCUGGAUGUGAGCAACCAUGAUUAGUUCCUCCUCCAUUUUAUUCAGGAUCAGCACGAAUGACUGACUCAGACUGUCUCCUAUUGGCUGACACAUAGUUCCAUCAGAGUAUGCGCUGUGUGUUGGUGCCAGGUUCCGUUCAACAUGUUGUUCUUGUUGAAUUCAGUGGUAAGGUGAUGGUUUUUGAUGAAUACCAAAAUGUCCAUGGAAGCAGCCUCAAUUUAGCAGAAUCUCUUUCUUUUACUGAGGGACAUCCGAGUUCGGCUAAGCACAGAAGCUAACUUGCUUUUGUAUGUAUUUCUACUUUUUAAAGCUUGUACUGGAUUGAAACCCUGCAUCUCAUUGAUAUUCACUUAUAGUACAUCCCUGGAUCCCUCGUAGGUACAGUCAAGCCGACGCUCUCAAAUACGUGGGCAUAGAGAGGGAGAUCGACGUGGUCUGACUUUCCCACCUUCCGCCUUUCCUGCCCACAAUGCACCUCUCCUCACUCAGGACCGCGGUUCUAUAAUGUGGUUGCCUGGAUACAUCUUCAGUUACAAGAAGGGAUUCUGUGAUGUCAUAACAUUGUAAUAACGGUAUGAUAUCAAAGAAUCGCUCAUCACAAAAUAUCACAAAAAAAAAAGAAAACAAAAAGGUCAUAUAAAACGUUCUGUAUUUAAAUAUGGGGUUAAUUGAGUUGUCUGAACUAGCGUGUCUGUUGGUCUGUAAAAUAAAAAGGAUGCUAGUGUUCUUAUUAGAAAUAACUCAUACAUGUCAAUGAUUCCCAAGAAAAUUUGAAGGAAAUCUUAAAAAUAUUUUAUACAAAAGAGAAUAGGCUAUCUAUUUUAGCUUAUUCAAGUAGCUAAUAUGCUAAUUAGUGGUGCAUUAACAUUCCCAGCUUAAGCUGACAGAAAACACAGGAAUGCUAAACAAAUACAAUCUCCAGCUAUAAGUUACAGACAGCCAAAUGUGCUAACUUAGCAGUUUCGGUUAUGCUAGCAGCAUGUAGGUUAGUACAGGAAAUAACAGUGUAUGCUAUUAUACUAAUACAAAUGGCUCACAUUCUACUAAGAACAUUAGCUAGACAUGAAUGGUAGCACUUGCUACAGAGCUAGCGUAUGGAUGAUUAGCAAAGUAAAAAAAAAAAAAUUACUUCAAAUAGCAGUGUCCUUUCCAUUACUCAUAUUUUUUUUUCUGACAAGAAAGCAUCAAAAGCUGCUAGUUUGGCUCAUCUGGAGCAGAGAGCGUUCUUCACUUCAGUUAACCUUUUCACGUUGUGGUAAAAUCUGUACACAAGCUUCUGACUAGCGAUUUUAGCAUCCCAAUAUACGCUACAUAAUGUAUAGUUGCAAACUAGGAGACAUAUUUAUGGUUGCUGUUAGUUUUGGUCAGUUUAUUCACACGGAAAUGAAUGAACUUCACAUCUGCAAUAAUGUUAUCUUUAGUUAUGAUGCAGUGUACUGUAAUGUUAGCUUGUUCCUCUAAUCUGCAAAGCUUUGCCGUUUGCUACUUUGACAUUCAAGCUAUAUUUUUUAGAAAUGUUUCUAUAAUGCCGCCAUCUCAUAUCAGCUACGCUAAUCAGUAUCUAACCGGGAUCCCUGGCUAUUCCAGCGCUAAGUAUCUUGGCUGUGGCUAACUAUGUAGCGCAAACAUAUACUUAUUUGUAAGAGAUAAACUAGUGACAGUCACGGGUAUCCACAGGGUUGCCAGGUCUCAGAAAUUCUAGAAUCUCAAAAAACGCACAAAGACCUGAAACUAGCCCAAAAAAGUCAGGAAUUAGAAUCAGGAAGAAUUUCUGAUAGACAGUAUCUGCAAUACACCUUUUUACUCACCUGGCACAGACAUUGUCCUCUCCAUAAUCUCCCUUUCUUUGCAAUAGAUCUUAAGACAGAAGUGGUUCUGUACAUCAUAGAUACAUUGUCUGCACUUACACUUUCCCUUUGUUUGCAAUUGCCUAUGUUUGGAUAUUAGAUUUCAUUAUAAAUUUGCUUUAAAACAAGAAGGAAAAAAAAAAACACUACAUAUGUUUAAAAAAAAAAAAAAAAAAAAAAAAAAAAAAAAAAAAAAAGCUUGACCCUGGCAACCCUGGGUAUCCAUUAUGUUUUAGACUUCAUAACACAUCUGGUAUUCUGUAACAAGACGCAAAAAAAAGAAAAAAAGAACCAUACAAGCCGACAGGGUGAAUGUGCACUUCGAGUUAAUGAUGACGAAGGAAAGAAAUGUUUGAGAUUCGUUUGUAGGGUCUUUUUUUUUUUUUUUAAAUAAAAACAAAAAAACAAAAAGGAGAGAGUAGGUUCUAUGAUUCUUACCCUUUUUGUAAGUGUUAAAUAAUGAGCUAAACCAAACUAAAUCCACCAUACUGACUGACUAUUUAGCAUGUUUUCCACACGGAAGAUUUGAGAAGGCUGCGAAUACGUUAACCACGUCACAAUUUCUGGAAUAUUAAAGAAAGCAUGCUAAAAAAAAAGAACACAAAACAUAAUGCAUUAUCAUAUUAAUUGCAGAAUCAGUUUAAUCCUAUUAACCACACAUAAUCUUUAGUACAUAAUAUUUGUGCAUCAUAGUGCUUGGUAUGAUAUUUCACUUCUAUUAUGUUUAGCUCCAUUUUUACCGAAUUGACCUCCUCAAAUCUUCCGCUAAAGGAACGUUACGUACCACUCUACAACGCAUCUCUUACAUGUAUCUUAAGGUACUGAUUUAUAUACGUAACAUUCACAUCAUUAUCAUAAGGAACUAAAUCACAGCGAUUAGGAAGUAAUCUCAUACACCCAGCUGUGGUGGUAUUUAGCAUCACAAACAUCAUACAUAUACUAAAUCCAAUAAGAAAGCAGAAAAUCAUACACGAUUCUUCGUUUUCUCUUUAUCUGCUGAUCAUAUUUAUAUACAGUAUAUGGGUCAAAGACAAGACUUUAGGAAAGGUUUUUUUUUUUUUUUUUUUUUUGCCUCAAGGCUUUUCAUUUUACAGAAAAUUAUUAAUAUGCAUAGAUAUUAAAUAUCAUUCCACUGAAUUUAGCUUUCAAACAUGUUUACAACAGUACAUAUUAAGAAAGAAAUAAAGUUUUGAAGGGAAAAUUUUGUAAUUCAGAGUAAAUAUUCACAUUACUGUACUAAUACCAAGAAUAAAAGGUAUUUAGUGCUCCAAAUGUUCAUAUCUGUAUUUGGCUUUAAAUCCGAAAUGGGUGUGGCUUAAUUUUUUUAUUUUUUUUAUUUUUUUAUUUUUUAAAUAAACCCUACACCCCUGGAAUCAAUAGAAAACACCGGGGGGAAAACCUCAGAUCCUGUUGACAGUGAUGAUGUGUGAAUUGUGACUCUUGACAGUUCCUCAACCUCAACUACAUCACUCCAGUUCACAACUGACUUAAAUGGAGAUGUGCGCCUGCAUCGCAUGAAAGUAAAAACCUCCUACUUGUGUGACUUUUGCAUGCCGUUACAUCCAGCAGGAUCCCAGUCCUGAUGGGAUCUGUUCUGUUCUCAAAUAGAUGCCAUUUCUGGAACAACAAAAACAAAUAGCGUGCUUUCUAUUUGUAUCCGCGCUGUUCUGAUCUGUUCAUUCCAAAUAAUGUAUUCGUAUUGUUACUAUUGCAGAAUCUGGUGGGGUUUUUUUGUUUGUUUGUUUGUUUUUGACCCAUAUAUAGUCAUCCUUGACUUUCCAUUUUGAGACUUAAGAAUUCGUCUUUCCAAAAUGUCCUUUUGUUUUGGAUUGCCAUGGUGGUUUCCUUCAGAAUUCAUGGAGUUUUCCUGCUUGUUUUAUUUCCUUGCCAAGCACACAUAGCAAAGAUGGAGGGUGCAACGGAAAGGAAAAGAGGAUGAGAGUGAUAGUGUAGUAGAGGCCUUUCUAGGCCGCACACCUGAGGUCAUGGUUACGGCUUUGCUAUUGGUUCUCAGCAAUGACAUGAGCAAACUGGAAUAUUAGGAAAUCGCCAUGGUGGUCCUCCAAUCAGUCGUAUUCACCUUUUUUUGGUUAAAAGAAAAAAUUAAAGCCUACCUUACAAUGUUGUGUUCAUUUAACUGUCACUUCUUUUACUAUUAUCUUUCCUGUGUUCAUGUCAAGACAUCCUUUACCUUCUGAAGAAGUCUUCCCAUUUCAAUAUGUGCCAAAUAUGAGAUACGCUGACUCAGAAAGCAAAGUGGAAUCCAUAACGCUUUAAAAAUUAAUUAUUACCUUUAACUUUUGGAAUUUAUUACAUUUCUAUACAUUUCAAGUUCCCUUUUUGUCAAAUAGUUUUUCAUUUAAUAUAUUAUACAUGUACAAUGAUACAAUAAAAUACUGAUAUCCAAGGUCUAAAAGUUUUGAGACUGAAUAUUAUUAUAUAAUAUUAUUUCUCUACUACGUAUAUGUGGUCAUUGAUUACGCCAACCUACUCUUUAUAAAAAGAGAGCUCUGUCAGGUGACUGAAAUGCCAUGGAAGUUAGACGUGUAUGUGAAAGCAAGCAGGUCUGUGUAUGGAAAAUAAAUUUAUAACUUUCAAAUUG